AUGACUUUCUUUCUCGACAGACCCCUUAUAUCACAGGUGAUCUAUGACUUGAUGUGCAGGUGAUGAUGCAGGGUUUAUUCGGUUAUUUGUUUAGACAAAAAUACUACCAAAAAAAUUCGCCAGCAUGUAGAACAGAUGCCUUUCUUCGAAAAUACGGAGAUACUUCGGCGAGAUGUACAAGUUUAGGACCAUAUUUUAACAAUGGAAAUCAAAACCCAUUUUAUAUUGAACUUACAAAGACCUACAAUUACUAGGUUAGCACUUUUUCCAUCCAGCAAACCGCCCUAUCGAUUUUCUAAAGUCGGUUUUUUUUAUUUUUUAUUAAUUCGGUUAGGGUUAGGGUUAGAGUUAGGGUUGCGGUUAGGGUUAGGGUUGGGGUUAGAGUAGGGAUAGGGUUUGGGUUAGUUACAUAGCCAUUUAACACCUCUUCUAUCUUCCGAAAAUGACGUCAGGUCAGUUUGCUGGAUGGAAAAGUAGUGCUAACCCGAUUACUGUCUUGAAUGCCUGGGCAACCAGGCCUCCUAAAACCGUGGGGAUUUACAGGGGGGGGGGGGUACACAUUAAUUCGAAAUAUGAUCAUUAUAUAAAAGGAUACUUUGAAAUAUUAUAUAUAUAUAGACAUCAUAAACUGUUUUAAAUACAUUUCUUAUUAUAACAUACAUGAUAUAUACACGACAAUAUGUUGUUUCCCAUUGUACUUCCCACUUCUUGGUAUUUGCAUGUUGUGUGCAGGCGGCGUCCUCCUCCCUCCUGUAAAUCCCCAACGGUCCAAAACUUGUACAUCCAUCUCGCCGAAGUACGCCGUAUUUUCGAAGAACGGCAUUUGUUCUACAUGCUGGCGAAUUGCUGCCUCGUCCCCAGGCGCUAAUAAAAAAAUUUCAUGCGAGUCACUAUAUGAAAGGUUUACAUGAAGUGGUGCGUCACAUUAUAGGCGCGCGAAGGGGAGUGGGAUAUGAGCGUCUCAAGCCCAUGUCUCAAGCCCUGCGAGCGUCUCAAGCCCUGCGCUUGUUCGUCGCGAUGCACUACUUCAUGUAAACCUUUCAUAUACUGACUUGCAUGAAAUUUUUUUAUUAGCGCCUGGAGACGAGGCAGGCGAAUAAAGAAUAAAGCGAUUUGAAUGUGAGAAUUUUCGAUCGAAGUGCCGUGCAGACGGAUCGACGAUUGUAACGAUUGUAAGUCGUUUACUAGUACCAUCAUAUCAGGGCCGUACACAGCGGGGGGGGGGCAAGGGGGACAACUGCCCCUUUGGAUCUUUGGGACUUUUUUCGGCAUAUAGACCUUACUACCUCCCCUGGUGAAAAAAUGGCAUAUAGACCUUACUACCCCCUGCGUGCGGCCCUGCGUACCAUCGAGUGCAAAGUCUAGGAAAAUAUUAGCCCAACAAAAGAGGAAUAAAAUAAGAACACACACUAUUAAAUAGGCAAGUCAAUUUCAUUUUAAAAUUUAUAUUUUAUAUGACAUAUUUUUACUAUAACAUACAUCACUAUGUAAAGUCUAUACUGACCCUUGCGAGAUUGGGCCGCCUGUCUCGAACAAUGUAAACUAGCCAUACUUUUCGCCGAACGUAACUUCGGCCCCUUUGGACAUAUCUUUUUCGUAAUAGUCUUAUAUUCGAACCAGAAUCCAAAACACUAUUUAGAGUGUUAUUUAGAAUGUUUUGGUAUUGCUUGUGUCUGUUGUAAUAUUGUCUGAACUGCCGGGGAACAUAAUGUUAAGUACUGAGGGUUACCUGUAUUGGGAGCCCGCACUCGAGUGGUACAUUUGUUUAUUUUAUUUAUUUGACCGCCAUGUUGUAUUUUGUUGGUUAAAGCCUUACAUCUGUAGGCAACUAUUUAAGUCAUAAGUGAAAUACAGACUAUGAUGCUGCCAUUGGAAAUAUUGGAAUCCCUUUUUAUCAAACCCAGAAAUGAGAUUUUUGCCAGACAUGUUUUAGCUGCAAGGCGUCAAUAUUAAAACCAAGUGAAACCCUAGAUGAGUACUUUCAAGCUUUGACGAGUAACUCGUCGUAGAUGGAUCGGAACAAUCCGUUAAUUGUUACUUUGAGAACUGCUACUGAAAGGGGUGGGGGCAAUAAUUUCGCCAGGGGGACGACCACCUGUGGCUAUGUCACUGGUUUGGGUCUUAUCGGAUUGACUACAAGCCACCUUUUCACACAUGUGUAGACUCUGUAAGUGAUCUGGUUAGGACGAUUGCGUACUCGCAAAUAAAGUCUCUAGAUCUGAGUUCUCUCUCAUUAAACUUGCAGAUGUGGACGCGACCUGCAGAAGACUUCAGUUGCUGAUCCUUUGCUUAACUUGUUACUAACCAAAAAAUUGUGUACUCAGGAAGGAGAGCAAGCGCCACUGGAGAUAAAUAUCAGUUGCGUGGUCAAGAAAAUAGUGCAUGAAGAUGGCAAAGCAGUGGCUCUUGAGACCAACAAAGGAAAUGUCAAGCUUGGAAAUGCCAAGCUAAUCCUGGCAAUGGGUGUACUUCCUCCAACUACUCUUAUGCUCAAUUCAUUCCCUUCGUCUUCCUUUAGUCAGCUUGCUGGCAUUGGUACCCGUUACACCGCCCAUUUUAGAAGUUCCGUUCUCGCGCGUCUUCCCCGGAAUUUGUAUCACGAUCUUAAAAAGAAAAUCUCUGGAAAAAUUGAGGUAGCGGCCAUGCAUAUCCCCGGAUUAAGCCCGCAUUCAAAACGCCAGUUUCACAUCCAAAUUUCAGCAUUCCUAGACGACACACCACUGGUCGAUAUUCAAAACACGUUGCACCAAUUUCCAGAUGUGUUACCUGCACCCUCGAUAGAGCAACUAUCAUCAUCCAAAGACCCACCACAUAUUAUUUUUUUCUGCAAAACUAUCGGUGGGCUUGAUCAUACCAACAAAAAUAAUUGGUUUUGUCUCAACAGUGAUGUUCCUAGCAAUGAUGAAAUUAUUAACAAUAAUAAUACAGAUGUUACUUGCAAUACUACUAUGCAAGUCGUGCUCAAUGACACAGACCGUCAACUAUGGGAUACUAUGGACGAAUCCACUUUUGCAGUUCUAAAACGUUUGGCCUUAUGUGAUCAUCCUGAUGAUUCUUGUCAAUUGGAGUUCUGGCAUUCGGAGGAUUCGCAUUCUUCUACACAAGGACGCUGGCUGAAAGAUCCUCCUCCUACUUCCCAAAUUCGUCGUCGCGUUUUGGUUCACCCAGCAUCAACCAUGUGGAUAGGUGAUGAUGAUCAUGAGCCAUCGCCUGUUGAUCUGGAUUAUCGAUUUCGAGGUGUCGAAAAUGUGUAUCUCACUGGGGGUGCUCUUUGGCCUACUGCUGGUUCCUGGAACCCAACCUGCACCAUGACUGCCUUGGCCAUAAAUUUAGCUGACAAACUGCUCACCAACUUUGACAACAACAACAACAACAACAACAACGACACGAACAACACUGACAUCGACAACAGCAACGACAACGUACAACCUGGAUAUAAUUAUGAAGUUAUGAACAAGUAUUCACACUUAUAG